UGUUGCUAACAUAAACGUCAUUCGUGAAACAAGCGACAUCCUAAAACAACACAGGCAAACGUUUUGUUUGCUUCGGUUCACAGCGCAUUAUUUUAUUAAAAUCGAAUCAUCCAGACAGUUUUAGGAAUAAAGCACCAUGUCAGGAUUGGAGUCGUACGUUAAUAAUACAGUAUCAAUAAUAACAGCGGAUGGCCGAAACUUUGUGGGCACGCUAAAGGGAUUUGACCAAACAAUUAAUAUCAUCCUAGACGAAUCGCACGAGAGGGUAUAUUCAAUGAAUGCUGGAAUUGAGCAAGUUGUACUUGGAUUGCAUAUCAUCCGCGGGGACAAUGUGGCUGUGAUUGGUCAAUUAGACGAAAGUAUAGAUAGUAAACUGGAUUUUUCUACAAUUCGCGGAAUGCCGUUGGAACCAGUAGUUCAUUGAUAUAUUUUUAUUUUAAUAAUGGACGCACACGACCUCUAUUCAGCAUUGUGGAGAAAAAUAGUAAUCAGUAAACAGGAAAAACGAGUGUCAGUUGAUCUGAAAGCUUUUCGCACCGAAAGCGAAAUCAUCUCCUAUGUACGAC